AUGCGGGUAUGCUACGCGUUCGAAUCGGGAACUAAACCAGAAAUCGGGUAUCCCGGCGUGACUUUUGCCCCGGAAUUGACGGGCGGGUGUCAGGACGAGGUAUUGAUCGGGCCACUUCGGAGCCAUUCGGGUGAGCUCGGCGCACUUCGGGAUUACUUGAGCCGGAUAUGCCAUAACUCCCGAAGACAAUUUGGCAUUGACAAGAAAAUAUAUUUUCAUACAUGGGGUGAGCAUUUGCAAACAAUUCCAUCCGGUUCGAUAUUGGUCUAUCUCAGUAUUGAUAGACAGAUGGAAAAAAUACGUUGUUUUCGAGAUGAAAGUAUAAAUAAGAUGGAUGCUGGAAAAUGA